AUGGAGGCGGGCACAGUCUCCUCAUACCAGACAAAAGAGAGCAAAGAAAAAAUGACAUACGACUUCUCAUGUGAGCUCUACAGAAUGUCCACCUACUCUGCCUUCCCCGCUGGAGUUCCUGUCUCGGAAAGGAGCCUGGCUCGUGCUGGCUUUUAUUACACGGGCGUCAACGACAAGGUCAAGUGCUUCUGCUGUGGCCUGAUGCUGGACAACUGGAAACAAGGGGAUAGCCCCGUUGACAAGCACAGGCAGCUGUACCCCAGCUGCAGCUUUGUGCAGACCCUGCUCUCAGCUAGUCUGCAGGCCCCACCUAAGAGCACACCCCCCGUGAGAAGCACAUUCGCACGCUCACUACCUUCUCAACAAGGUGCCGGUCACUCCAGCCUGUUGUCAGCACCUCUUAACUGUGCAGCCGAGGAAGACUUCUCAUCGAGGACGAGCCCUUGCAGCUAUGCCAUGAGUACUGAGGAGGCCAGAUUGCUAACAUAUAGCAUGUGGCCCUUAAGCUUUCUGUCACCAGCAGAGCUGGCCAGAGCCGGCUUAUAUUACGUAGGGCCUGGAGACAUGGUGGCCUGUUUUGCCUGUGGUGGGAGACUGAACGACUGGGAACCAAAGGACGACGCCAUGUCAGAGCACCGGAGACAUUUCCCUGACUGUCCGUUUCUGGAAAAUUCCUCAGAAACACAGAGGUUGAGUAUAUCGAAUCUGAGUAUGCAGACACACUCUGCUCGAAUGCGGACGUUUGUGUACUGGCCAUCUGGUGUUCCUGUACAGCCUGAGCAACUUGCAAGUGCUGGAUUUUACUAUGCAGAUUGCAACGAUCACGUCAAAUGCUUCUGCUGUGAUGGUGGCUUGAGGUGUUGGGAAUCUGGAGAUGACCCCUGGGUAGAGCAUGCCAAAUGGUUUCCAAGGUGUGAGUUCUUGAUACGGAUGAAGGGGCAGAAGUUUGUUGAUGAGAUUCAAGCUAGCUGUCCUCACCUUCUUGAACAGCUGUUGUCCACUUCAGGCAUCCCAGAAGAAGAAAAUGCCGACCCUCCAAUUGUGCAUUUCGGACCUCAUGAAAGCCCAGAAGAUGCUGUCAUGAUGAACACGCCUGUGGUGAAAGCAGCGUUGGACAUGGGCUUCAGCAGGAGCCUGGUGAGACAGACAGUGCAGCGUCAGAUCCUGGCCACUGGGGAGAAUUACAGGACCAUCAGCGACCUUGUGAUCGGCCUGCUCGAUGCUGAAGACAAGAGCAGAGAAGAGGAGAGGGAAAGACACACUGAAGAAAUGGCAUCAGGUGACUUGGCAUUAAUUCGGAAAAAUAGAAUGGCCCUCUUUCAGCAGUUGACAUGUGUCCUGCCUCUCCUGGAUGAUCUUCUUGAGGCCAGUGUAAUCACUAAACAAGAGCAUGAUAUUAUCAGUCAGAAAACACAGAUACCCUUACAGGCCAGAGAGCUGAUUGACACAGUUUUAGUCAAGGGAAAUGCUGCAGCCAACAUCUUCAAAAACUCUCUGAAGGAAAUUGACUCCACAUUAUAUGAAAAUUUAUUUGUGGAAAAGAAUAUGAAGUAUAUUCCAACAGAAGAUGUUUCAGGCUUGUCAUUGGAAGAACAGCUGCGGAGAUUGCAGGAAGAACGCACCUGCAAAGUGUGUAUGGACAGGGAGGUGUGCAUCGUGUUCAUCCCCUGUGGCCAUCUGGUCGUCUGCCAGGAGUGCGCCCCCUCCCUGAGAAAGUGCCCCAUCUGCAGAGGAACCAUCAAGGGCACCGUGCGCACAUUUCUCUCAUAAGUGAAUGUCGUAAAGCAUUGUUGGACACC